AUGAUGGAAGAAGCGGUCAUGAAAAAAUGUAUUCAUGAAGAAAAUUGUAGUGUGACAACACUUUCUAGUGCUGUUGAAGCAUGUCUUGUACAUGGUCUUAAAAGACGUGCUGUAGGGUUAUUUAAAACAAGUACAACAAUGGCACUGUUACAAAAAAUUGCCAAAUCUUGUCCAUCAGCAGCUGAAGUUGUGAAAAUUGUUGAUAAUGAUAAUCGUCGUACUGUAGAACCAACGAAUAUAUUUAGUUUCUCAAGAAAAUUAUCAAAUACUGAAGAUAAUCGACGUCGAUCAAUUCGUUCAGCUAUGUAUAACCGUUAUUUAUGGAUUCGUACAGCACUUAUUCAUCGAUCGCUUCAUAAAAUUGUGGAAUAUAUUGUUAAUAUUAGUUCAAAAUAUUACGAAUCAUAUGCACUUGUUUGUAAUUCUGUUCAAGGACCAAUUUUUGCUUCAUUACUUGUUGGCCCAUGUGCACUUGAAUUUACUCGAUUACAAAUAUCUGAUCACCUUUGGACAGAUUCUAAUGCUAAUGAACUUGUACAACGUCAUCGUAUGCAUACUAGUAAUCGAACAUCAACUAAUUCAACAACAAUGAUGAUUCAUGUGAAUAGUUCUCAAUCACCUAAAUUUCGACCAAGAUUACAAGUAAAUGCAAAGCGUCAUGCAAGUUCAUCAAGUGAAGAGUCACAGCGAAAUAAUCAAUCUUUGUCAAUGUCAACAAAUCCAGCAAAAGAUUAUGUUGAAUCACUUCAUCAAAAUGCUAAGUCACAAUUGAUUUAUGGAAAAAAUAAUGUCCUUGUACAACCGGUUCCAAGUCAUGAUCCUAUUCCUGGUUAUCUAUCGUUACAUCUUAAUCAAAAUGGUUUAACAUUAAAAUGGACUCCAAAUCAAUUAAUGAAUGGUUGUAGUAGUGGAACAAAAUCAUUAAAAAGUAGUUCACAAGAAACAAAUUCAUUUGAUUGUCAUAAUUCAACAGAUACUUCAAAACGAGCCAGUAUUCUUUGGGAUUAUGCUAUAUCAGUGAAUAUGUCUUCAAUUGUAUAUCUUCAUUGUCAUCAACAUUUUGAUGGUGAUCGUAUUGUACUUGUUGGUUGUGAUGGUGUUCAAUAUCCUCCAUUACAUAUAAAAGAUAAAGGUGGUCAUUUAUUAGCAUUUUUAUCUUGUUUAGAAAGCGGUUUAGCACCAUAUGGUCAACUUGAUCCACCAUUAUGUUUUGAAAAAGAACAAGGAAAAGCUUUUCCAAAAUUACAUCAUCGUACUGAACGACAAUAUAUAUUAUCAAAUACAAAUGAUGAUAAUAUGAAUAUACAGAAAAAUAUAGAUAUAACUGAUGAAGAUACAUUAUCAUCAAAUGACGAUUAUGUUUUUCGAAUUAUCUUCUUUCCUAAUCAAGAUACAUCGAACAAUACUACUUCAAAUCGAUGGCAAUGGCCAAUAUUAACAACUAAUUCUCAAUCAUCAUUAUCACCACCAGCACAGAAACAAUGGGAUAGUACUUCGUUACCAUCGUCACCAAUUGAUAUAGCAUUUGUUAAUACAACUGUUGAUGAUACAGCAACUAACGAUUUACAUAAGAGCGCUUCAGUUAGAACAUGCAUGGCAUCAUUAUGCGACACAAUGCGUCGUCAAAUUUUAUCGCGUGCAUUUUAUGGUUGGCUAGCUUACUGUCGUCAUUUAAAAACUGUUCGUAUACAUUUAACAUCUCUUGUUUAUCCAAUGUCAAUAGGAAUGAAUGAACAAAUAGAAAAAAAUUUAUCUUUAACAAUUGAAUCAUGGAGAGAAUUAUUUCUUGAUAAACAAAAAGAAAAUUUACUUAUUGAUAAAAAAGAUAUUUAUCGAAGAAUUUAUGCCGGUGGUUGUGAUCCAUCGAUUCGAAAACAAGUUUGGCCAUUUCUAUUCUCACAUUAUUCAUUUGAAUCAACAAAUGAUGAACGAAUAGAUGUUGAUCGAACAAUAACUGAUCGUUAUAAUAAAUUACUAAACGAAUGGCAAAAUGCUGAAGAAAUCGUUAUUAAACUUGAAGUUCAACGAUCAAAAUUUUAUAAAAAUUCAACAACACAACCAGAAACAAAUCAAAAUUCAAAUGAAACAACAAUAUCAACAUUUAAAAAUAGUCUUGCUAAAAAUCUCUUAACCACUCCAGAUACUCUACAACGGGAAAAUUCAAAUACAUCAAACGAUGUUUUCUAUGAAGGAUGUCCAAUUCAUACUGUAACUAUUCCGAUUCAAGAAGAAACAAAUAAAUCAACAAUAAUAUGUAAUCAACCAGUACUUAUUGCUCGUACGCAUACAGAAUCUGUUAUUGAUCGUUCAUCGCCUUAUAAUAUUAUUGACACAAAUACAGACGAUGAUGAUGAUGAUGGUAAUUUAAAUUUUAAAACCAUUGACAAUACUUAUGAAACUAUGAUAACUGAACAAGAUGAGGAACAAAACGAAACAGUAUCACCAUCAUCAAGUGUUACAUCUGCAACUGAUGUUUACAUGGAUGCUGUUGACAUUUUAAAUGAUGAGCAAUCGAAUGGUUCAUUAACACCGAUUUAUUAUGGUUCAUUUUCAAAAGAAACUAUCGAUACAUUUUCAACUAAUUUACAUCGAAUCGAUAAAGAUGUAGCAAGAUGUGAUCGACAUUAUUCAUAUUUUAUGAAUUCAGAAAAUUUAAAAAAAUUACGAAAUAUAAUGUGCACAUAUAUAUGGGAUAAUUUGACAAUUGGUUAUAUUCAAGGCAUGUGUGAUCUUGUUGCACCAUUAUUGGUUAUUUUCGAUGAAGAAGUAAUAACAUAUAGCUGUUUUUGUCAUUUGAUGAAACGUCUUCUACCAAAUUUUCCUAAUGGAACUGGUAUGGAUGAACAUUUAGGUCAUAUGCGUUCAUUAUUACAAAUUCUUGAUUCUGAACUUUAUGAACAUAUACAUCAUACUGGAGAUUUUACACAUUUUUAUUUUUGUUAUCGAUGGUUUUUACUUGAUUUAAAACGAGAAUUUAUAUAUAAUGAUAUAUUUCUUGUAUGGGAAAUAAUAGCUGCUGCCCGACGAACAGUUUCAAAACGAUUUGUUUUAUUUAUUGCAUUAGCAAUGAUGAAAUAUUAUCGAGAUAUAAUCUUAGAUAAUCGAAUGAAUUUUACAGAUAUUAUUAAAUUUUUCAAUGAAAUGGCUGAAAGGCAUGAUGCUCAAGAAAUUUUACGCAUAGCACGUGAACUUAUACUCGAACUACAAAAGUUAAUUGAUAACAAAUGA